UAUAUAUACAUCGUUUUUGGGGGGAUAUAUCACAUCCAAAACAUUGCUUUACAUUCACACUGUCUGGAGGUCCCUCUGGCUGCCUCCCUCCGCCCUCCCGCAGCCUUCACAACCCUGAGGAACACCACGAAUUACCACCCACAAAAUUAAGCUAAGCAAUGCCAAAGCAAAAAGAGAAUGAUGAUGAUCCUGUGUGCGUGCCCCUCCAGGAGAGUCCGGUGGGGGACAUGGCCCCCAACAGCACCAUCUGUGACACAUCACAGGAAGACAGUGAGAUCCAGGAUGGGGAGAGGAGUGUGCAGAGCAGUGAAGCAGUGGACAGCUUUCUUACUUUAGAUGUAACAGGAGAAACUGAUGAAGGAGUUGAAAGUAGUGCAGAAGUGAGCACCAUGCCUGAGGGAGUGGAGCUGGACACCGAGGGAGAUGUGUCACUAGUUGAGGAGACGCCAAUAGGACCACCCACUGCCUUGGAUGUGGUACCCUCAUAUGACAGUGGUUUCAAAGGUGUUCUGACAGAUGUGGAGUUCAGCAUGCUCACCGGCAAGAAGAUCAAUGAUGCCCGGCCCAAGCAGUCUUGUUUUAAUUGCCUCGGCGACCACAACAUGAGUAACUGCUCCCAGCCCCUUGACCAGUCCAAAAUAUCCACCAACAGAAGGAAACACAUGAACACCCGAGUCUCCAGCGUGAGAUACCAUGAAGAUUGUGAGAACAAAUUUGGACAGUACCAGCCUGGAAAGAUCAGUGAGAACCUCCGCUAUGCACUGGGACUGAGACCAAACCAGUUGCCACUGUUUAUAUACCGAAUGCGUGUCCUGGGCUAUCCUCCGGGCUGGCUGAAGGAGGCAGAGGUUCAUCAGGCAGAUGUGAAGAUGUAUGAUGCAUCAGGACAAAAAGUGUCACACCCUGAUGAAGAGGAGGGGGAAGCAGAGCCAACAACAGUGAAGUACAAACCAGAGAAGCUUGUCUCUUACCCGGGCUUCAAUGACAAUCUGCCUCGUGGUGUUUUAGAUGAGUGCCAGUGGUAUAACUUUCCACCAAUGCAACCAUGCCACCAAAAAUCAGAGUUCCUGUAUUACAUGAACCAGAACAAGGCUGAAGCUUACAAGAAAAAGAAACUCAAGGAUUCAGAACUGAGAAGCAAGACUCCUCCGCCUACAAUAGAAAUGGAUGUAGAUGGUGACACUGAUAAGGGCAAAGCAGAGGACAUUGUCUUCAACCCUCCAUUGCCUGAUGAGCCUCCUGUCCUGCCACCUCUACCAAAAGAACCUUCACCAUCUCCAUCACCCACUAAGAGAGCUCAUGAAUUGGAAGAAGGAGAAAUUAGUGAUGACUCACAAGACUCAGUGGGUGGCCUGAUUGUCAAGAAGCAGAAGAUUCUGGAGGAACUAGACAAGAAAAACACACAGAAGGACAACAAAGAGGGGAAAGGUUCAGAGGAUGAGGAUAAAACAGACAUUAACAGCAGCAGUGACAAAGUAAACCAAGAGGACUCAGAAGACAGCCAGUUGUCCCAGCCAUCUGCUGCAGACCUGGCCCAGUCCGAAAACUCGUGUAGUGGGGAUGGCACAGGGGACGAAGCACACAAGACUAAGCGGCACCACCGGUCUCACUCCAAAGGCUUCAAACUGGGGACAAUGAUUCCAGACUCCUGCACACCCUUCAAGUCUUUGCCCUCCUCAGAGAAGUGGACAGUUGAUGUAUCAGAUCAUAUCGUAUUUGACAACUUACCAGAUGCGCUUGGAACAUGGGAUAAAAUGAAAGGCAUUAUGGGAAAAGUGAAAAGUAAAAUGAGUUUAUUGCAUGCUGAUGAGGGUGAUUAAGGUAAAGAUUUUAUUUAACAACGGAGUUAGAAAUAACAGACAGGAUCAUGACGAGGACCGUAACACCUUGCAGUCUGUUGAUAAGUUAACACACUAAUAGGUUCAUUUUCAGAUGGCAUAGUGUGGCCUUAGGUUAAGGAUACAUAGUUUUCAUUUCACAGUUUACAUGGAAUAUUUCUGACCAUUGUAGGUGUUAAGUUAAUCUCUAGAUAUCAUAGCAGAUACAUUGUUCUCAUAUUGCACUUGGUGUAUAUUAAAUUCAUCUGAUCAUUUUAGGAGUUUUGGCAGUGUACAAAAAAAAAAGGUGUAUUACAUUUCUCAUUAUUUGUAA